GAAACGCAGGCUGUAAAGCCGGAGUCUCCUGGUCCCAGUUCAUGACAUACUAACUUGCUGCACUGAACACUAUCGGCGCUGCGCAGGCUAGGGUGCAGAAACCGAAAUACACAUAAUGGCAGAUUUACUGUCACUCAGUCAACACUUGUGUGCAUCAGUCUCCUUAAUCCUACUUGCCUAGUACUAGGCUGGUAGGACCAAACAGCCAAUACCAUUCUUCCCAGUAUACAAGCUGCCACAUUCUGUCUCCCCCGUUGCAUUUGAAAGACAUGGUCAACCUAUGCAAUUUCAGUUUUGGCUACAGCGCUGAGCAGAGAUGCUUAUGGCAGGCGCACGACAGCAAUUCAGCGGCUUGAGUGUGAUCGCAGCGAUCAAUCCUCUUCAUGGUUACUUUAUCUCUCUCGAUUCAGUCUUCUCAAGGGCGGCUGUGUCCGAUAAUCAAUUCGACGGCAUCGCACGCCAGAUUGCUUCAUUACAACGAAGAAGGCCUGCAUGGACACCUUGUGGCUGCGCGACUACCCGACCUGCCGCCUGUUUCACUGUUCGCCGGCAUCUUUUCCGUUGGCGAUAAGAAGGAGAUGCGCAAUGCCGCAAGAAAAGCGUGCGGCAAUGUACUGGCUUCAGGAAUGAUGGAUACACGAGACACGGUUGUUAUUCGCUUCGAUGUUGGUCAGAAUGUGGACGCCGAGAUGAUGACCCGGCUUCAAGAGCAAGAUGAAGUCGGUGUCUUGAUCAUUCUUGGCUGCCCGGAGAAUAUGAAUGAGGGCAGACACAUGUCGCAAAGGAUGCGUAACUCAGACCACCUGUCCGAUCAAGGCACAGGAAAGCGCGAGUUCGAUUACAUCAUGAAGCUUGACGAUGACGAUUACCUGAGCCUGCCGAAUGCUUUGGAUUGGCUUCGUCCUUAAUCGAGGAUACCACGAUUGUACGGAGGCGGCAUGAUUUGGCCACACAAUAUCAACCUUGCCCUUCUUGAUCAUAAUGGCGCGGGUUGUAUCAUGUCCCGAGACAUUUGUCGUUGAUGGGCUCAAGAUGCCAACUUCACAGAGCCAGUGCGUCAUAUUGAAGAUGGAGACACGAGGGUCUGGCCCAGGCAGGUUAAUCGCAAGCAUGAGCCAAUCUCAAUUUGGACAGCGGCGGGCGGAUGUAUGCUUUGCAGA